UACGGGCAUUUCUCAGGCAUCAACAGGAAAGUGCAGCUCACCUACCUGCCCAAUGGGCAGCCCAAAGCCUCCAGUGAGGAAGAAGGUAGGGAGUCACAACCUUAAACUAUCUCUGGUCAUGUUCAUGAUUACACAUACACUAUAUAUACAAAAGUAUGUGGACACCCCUUCAAAUUAGUGGAUUUGGCUAUUUCAGCCACUCGCGUUGCUGACAGGUAUGUGAAAUCGAGCACACCGCCAUGCAAUCUCCAUAGACAAACAUUGGCAGUAGAAUGGCCUUAUUGAGGAGCUCAGUGACUUUCAACGUGGCACCGUCAUGGGAUGCCACCUUUCCAACAAGUCAGUUCGUCAAAUUGCUGCCCUGGUCAACUGUAAGUGCUGUUAUUGUGAAGUGGAAAAGUCUAGGAGCAACAAUGGCUCAGCCGCGAAGUGGUAAGCCACAAGUUCACAGAACGGGACUGCUAAGGCGCGUAGCGUGUAAAGAUAGUUUGUCCUCACAAACUGCCUCCUAAAGCAAAAUGGGUUUCCAUGGCCAAGCUGACGCACACAAGCCUAAGAUCACCAUGCGCAAUGCCAAGGUUCAGGCUGGAGCAGUGGAAAAGCGUACUCUGGAGUGAUGAAUCACGCUUCACCAUCUGGCAGUCCGUCAGACUAAUCUGGGUUUGGCAAAUGCCAGGAGAACGCUACCUGCCUAAAGCGUAGUGCCAACUGUAAAGUUUGGUGGAGGAGGAAUAAUGGUCUGGGGCUGUUUUUCAUGGUUCGGGCUAGGCCCCUUAGUUCCAGUGAAGGGAAAUCUUAACGCUACAGCAUACAAUGACAUUCUAGAUGAUUCUGUGCUUCCAACUUUGUGGCAACAGUUUGGGGAAGACCCUUUCCUGUUUCAGCAUGACAGUUCCCCCGUGCACAAAGUGAGGUCCAUAAAGAAAUGGUUUGUCGAGAUCGGUGUAGAAGAACUUGACGGGCCUGCACAGAGCCCUGACCUCAACCCCAUCAAACACCUUUGGGAUGAAUUGAAACGCCGACUGCGAGCCAGGUCUAAUCGCCCAACAUCAGUGCCGGACCUCACUAAUGCUCUUGUUGCGGAAUGGAAGCAAGUCCCCGCAGCAAUCAACAUCUAGUGGAAAGCCUUCCCAGAAGAGUGGAGGCUGUUAUAGCAGCAAAGGGGGAACCAACUCCAUAUUAAUGAGAUGUCCACAUACUUUUGGUCAUUUAGUGUACUUUUAACAUGCACAUGUUAACCUUUCAGCUUUUUUUCCAGAUUUAACUGCAGGACCUAAUGCAGGUGUGUGUGUGUGUGUGUGUGUGCGCGCAUUUGUGUUAUUGUUGUACAGAGGGUCCGAAGGAGGGUCCGUCUCUGCUGCUGGUGUUGAAGUGGGGAGGGGAGCUGACCCCGGCAGGCAGGGUACAGGCUGAGGAGCUGGGGAGGGCCUUCCGCUGCAUGUACCCUGGAGGACAAGGUACAGUGCUCUACUACUGGACACUCCACACCUCACCUCUACACUGUAUACUACCUCUAUAUACUGACCUAGGGCUAGAUGGGAGUUGGAAUGGGCACAAUUUAGUCAAACUCAAAUAAUUUGAAAUCAAAAGCACCUCUGGUUUCAAUGUAAAUCAAUUCAACUAUUGCUAUAAACAGCAGUUGAAUUACAUGUAGAUAAAGCUGUAAAGUGAUUGAUAAGAAAACGUCUCUGCAUAUUCUGUCUGUCCCUACAUACAGUAACACAUUUCUAGAGCCCCUAAUUUCUCUUUGUGAGGUCACAAGGUCAGGAAGAACUAUAUUGUCCCAAAUGCUAACUUGAUAUCCAUGCGCUUAACUCCGUUUUUAGUAAAUCAUGAAUUGAGGUCAAUGGGAGAUUUGUAAGUGUAAAAUUACACAUGCAGAUCUAAAGUGAGGAUUUAUCCCAGCAUUACUUCUGCCUGCCUUUCUCAUUGCUGAAGGGGGAUCCAAUCUCAAACAAAGACAAACAUGUUCUUGGUGGACACCUUUCUUUGCAUUUGACAUUUACACUCUGUGAUUUCAAUCCCUCCAAAGGCUCUCUACCAUGAAGUCACAUGUUACUGUUCUUAACAUACUGGGUGUCAUUGAAGCGUUUGCUUUAGGUUCAGUGGAAGAGACAGAUUUUCUGAAUGAAAGUUUGCUGCUUUCUCUCUUUUCCUGAAAUGUCAUAUGGGCAUUUUAGAAGAUGCACUGUAUUGUAAAGAUGAUCAUUAAUCACACUCGAUUUCUAACUAAAAUUAACACUAAGCACAUUACACACUGCAGGAGUAUUCAUCAUGGAAUUUGCCAAGUGUUGUUCAUUAGUCAAGCAAAAUCGAGUCGAGAUUGUGUUUUACACAUGAGGAUUUUGAAAUAUAUUUUUAGUCGUUUGAAUUGUCCCCAAAUUUACAAGGGAGGUCCAUUCUCCCCUUCCUACAUAGUGUCAUUUUCAUACCCAUGUUUAAUGUAAUGUGCUAAUCCCAAGGUACUGUAGUAACAUCACUAUAUUUGUAUUAUGCGUUCCCUCCCCAUGUUUGCUUUCUAAAAUAAUGUUUAUACUACCUACGCUGGACAACACAUGAUAAACUAGUCUUCCAAACAAAGCCCAGCGAACUAAGUGGAAUGUGACUAUUUUUAGAUGAUGGCAGACCAAUAUAUAUUUUUUAUAUAUAUCUUCUUGCUUAAGCUUUUUUUAUUUAAAAAAAUGUACCAGAGGAGUGUGAGAGCGCGUUCUCCUAGUGUACGUUUUCUGUUAAUUCUGCUCUUUUCUUCUUAUCUCUUGCACUGCAUACUAGAAGGUAGCCGCAGGCUACUUGUCUGCUAGUCUCUUAUUGGUAAGAAGGGCUUGAACUGUCAACGAAUGGAUACGUUCGAACUGCAUCGUCCUCAUCAUUACACUACUCUGGGAGGUUUGGGUUUUAUAAGAACGGUAUGUGUCUUUUGGUGUGGGUUUCUGUGAAAGGGUCCAUGAGGUGAUCCGUCAAUCCAAGGACGCAAAGUUGUUUGGUCAUCUGCAAAUGCAGUGUCAUGACUCAGGAAGUUUUGGAGCAGUUCAGCGACUGCGCAUCAUCUCAUACUAAUAACGCUCCUGGAAAUUCGCCAUGGGUUGGAAUUGUUUGUCUGUGAAAAGCCAGCAACGUAGCUUUCAGUUUCACUUCCAAACAAAAACGAGCAUGAGAACUGAAUUGUUUAGAUAAGUAUUUAGGAUUUUGACCACAUUCCAUUUGUUUUUAACAAUUUUUCAUCCCAGGUAUGAGAUGUGAAGGACUUGCUUUCCCUUUCAGGUGAACAGAAUCCAGUUGACUGAUUGUUAUUUAUUGAUAGUUUUUUUUUCACCAAAUAACCAAUGUUUCCUCCCUCAUCAACUGCAGAUACAUACCUAGAUGUGUUUGUGCACAUACAGUCUGUGUUGUUAUGUAGGCGUGACCAGAGGAGGUGGGUGGGAGGAGCUAUAGGAGGACUGGCUCAUUGUAAUGUCUGGAAUGGAAUAAAUGGAACGGUAUCAAACACGUCAAACAUAUGGAAACCACAUGUUUGACACCGUUCCAUUCACUCCGUUCCAGCCAUUACAAUGAGCCCAUCCUCCUAUAGCUCCUCCCCCCAGCCUCCUCUGGCAGGCACCCUUUCUCCCUUCCUCUGUAAUGUCCUGUAAGCCUGAUGUUCCUCCCUCUGUGCAUGACCCUGUAGGGGACUACGCUGGUUUCCCUGGCUGUGGUCUGCUCCGUUUACACAGCACUUACCGCCACGACCUCAAGAUCUACGCUUCAGACGAAGGCCGUGUUCAGAUGACCGCUGCCGCUUUCGCCAAGGUGUGUUUACAGUACAACAUGUUUGGGUGUUACUGUUUGCUGUGUGUGUGUGUGUGUGCGCCUGUAGAUUUGUCAGUGUACAGGUGUGUGUGUGUGUGUGUGUGUGUGUGUGUAAUGCAUGCUCACUGUAUAGGUAAACCUGGUUCCUUUCAUUUGUGUUCAGUGUCAAUAUAUCUCUAUCCCUUAGCAUGUGUAAACCCUUUCUGUGUACAGUACAUAUUGUUCCAUGCAUGUGUAUGCACGUGUAUAUCUCAUAACUGUCUUAUUGUGUGUGUGCGUGCAUGUAGGGUCUGCUGGCUCUGGAGGGGGAGCUGACCCCUAUCCUGGUGCAGAUGGUGAAAAGUGCCAACAUGAACGGCAUGCUGGACAGCGACAGUGAGUCUCUGACCGACUGCCAGCAGAGGGUGAAGGCACGCCUCCAUGAGAUCAUGCAGAAAGACCAGGACUUCACUGAGGCAGACUACGAAAAGGUACAGUCUGUAGACUCCUUCAUCAAGACCACUACUACUCACCCAAUCGGUGUUGGAAAGGCCAUAGGAGAAAAGCCCUGUUUGAAAUGGAUAACACUUAACUUAAGGCCUGCAGGUGUAAUGCCUUAAUAGUUGUUAUAAUAAGCAUUAAUGAGCCUAUGUUUCAUAAUAAUAAUAAUAAUAAGCAUUCAACUAAGAAUCAUUAUGACAUGCUCAUGACAAGUAUUUCAGUACAUAAUACAGUAACUACAUCAUAAUGUAUUAUAACUGCAGGUGUUAAGUAAACUAUGACCUAAAUGGUCACCAUUACACUCUGUUACACUGAUGGGAGGCUCCAUUGACAAUUCCAUCAACUUGAGCAGUCCUUGAAAAGUGUUUUUGAGAUUGAUUGUUUCCGAUCCUUUUCUUACUGUACAGCCUUCAACUGAGCAUGACAUCACUGUCAAUCUCCAGAGUCUCACAUAACAUUUCAACACUACCUGUUAUGGAUACCAACGUUGGCAUUACACAGUUCCAUGAAGUUCUGCAUUAUUUGUACCACUGUAAUAACGUGUGACUGUUACUAUGUGUUGCAGCUGGCCCCUACAGGCAGCCCCUCUCUGGUCAACUCCAUGAAGAUCAUAGGGAACCCAGUGAGGACGUGUGACCAGGUCUACACCCUCAUCCAGAGCCUCACCUCCCAGAUCCGCAAAAGGCUGGAGGACCCCAAAUCUGCAGGUUUGUUCUCUGCCCAGCCUGCUUACAAUAUAAUAUAAUUGAAAGUAAUAUACAUAUUUUAUUGUCCAAUAUAAUAGACCUUUUGACCCAUUCCUAAUAGGUCAAAAUGUAAACAUUAGUGGAGACGCCUUUCCAGCUUUGGAUUCACUGUUACAUUUGCUACCAAAGAGCGGUGCGGUAUCUAACUAGCCAACUGUAAAUAAGUGAAUUGUUUCACCUCAGUUAGCUAGACAAGUUACUUAGCUAGCUAGCUAAAGUUAUUGACGGUUAGUUAUCUACCGCUCCUACACUCUUUUGCUAGCUAUUGGAAUGCUGUCGUGUCAAAAAUGACAUGGUUUUGUUUACAUUUUGCUAUUGUAAUCUACACUGAACAAAAAUAUAAACGCAACAUGUAAAGUGUUGGUCCCAUGUUUCAUGAGCUGAAAUAAUAGAUCCCAGAACUAUUCCAUAUGCACAAAAAUCAUAUCUCAAAUUUGAUGCACAAAUUUGUUUACAUCCCUGUUAGUGAGCAUUUCUCCUUUGCCCAGAGAAUCCAUCUCCCUGACAGGUGUGGCAUAUCAAGAAGCUGAUUAAACAGCAUGAUCAUUACACAGGUGCACCUUAUGCUAGGGACAAUAAAAGGCCAGUCUAAAAUGCCACAGAUGUCUCAAGUUUUGAGGGAGCGUGCAAUUGACAUGGUGACUGCAGGAAUGUCCACCAGGGCUGUUGCCAGAGAAUUUAAUGUUAAUUUCUCUACCAUAAGCCGCCUCCAACGUCGUUUUAGAGAAUUUUGCAGUACGUCCAACCGGCCUCACAUCCGUAGACCACGUGUAUGGUGUCGUGUGGGCGAGCGGUUUGCUGAUGUCAAUGUAGGGAACAGACUGCCCCCUGGUGGCGGUGGGGUUAUGGUUUGGGCAGGCAUAAGCUACGGACAAUUUGAAUGCACAGAGAUACUGUGACGAGAUCCUGAGGCCCAUUGUGAGGCCCAUAAAAAUAAAAAUAAAAAUACCAAGUUAUCUGUGACCAACAGAUGCAUUUCUGUAUACCCAGUCGUGAAAUCCAUAGAUUAGGGCCUAAUGAAUUUAUUUCAAUUGACUGAUUUCCUUAUAUGAACUGUAACUCUUUGAAAUUGUUGCAUGUUGCGUAUAUUUUUGUUGUGUGUGUUUAUUUAUAUAUAUGUGUGUGUGUGUGUAUACGUAUGUAAACUCAGCAAAAAAAGAAACAUCCUCUCACUGUCAACUGCGUUUAUUUUCAGCAAACUUAACGUGUAAAUAUUUGUAUGAACAUAACAAGAUUCAACAACUGAGACAUAAACUGAACAAGUUCCACAGACAUGUGACUAACAGAAAUGGAAUAAUAUGUCCCUGAACAAAGGGGGGGUCAAAAUCAAAAGUAAUAUUCAGUAUCUGGUGUGGCCACCAGCUGCAUUAAGUACUGCAGUGCAACUCCUCCUCAUGGACUGCACCAGAUUUGCCAGUUCUUGCUGUGAGAUGUUACCCCACUCUUCCACCAAGGCACCUGCAAGUUCCCGGACAUUUCUGGGGGGAAUGGCCCUAGCCCUCACCCUCCGAUCCAACAGGUCCCAGACGUGCUCAAUGGGAUUGAGAUCCCGGCACUUCGCUGGCCAUGGCAGAACACUGACAUUCCUGUCUUGCAGGAAAUCACGCACAGAACGAGCAGUAUGGCUGGUGGCAUUGUCAUGCUGGAGGGUGAUAUCAGGAUGAGCCUGCAGGAAGGGUACCACAUGAGGGAGGAGGAUGUCUUCCCUGUAACGCACAGCAUUGAGAUUGCCUGCAAUAAUGACAAGCUCAGUCCGAUGAUGCUGUGACACACCGCCCCAGACCAUGACGGAUCCUCCACCUCCAAAUCGAUCCCGCUCCAGAGUACAGGCCUCAGUGUAACGCUCAUUCCUUCGACGAUAAACGCGAAUCCGACCAUCACCUCUGGUGAGACAAAACCGCGACUCGUCAGUGAAGAGCACUUUUUUCCAGUCCUGUCUGUUCCAGCGACUGUGGGUUUGUGCCCAUAGACGACGUUGUUGCUGGUGAUGUCUGGUGAGGACCUGCCUUUCAAUAGGCCUACAAGCCCUCAGUCCAUCCUCUCUCAGCCUAUUGCAGACAGUCUGAGCACUGAUGGAGGGAUUGUGCGUUCCUGGUGUAACUCGGGCAGUUGUUGUUGCCAUCAUGUACCUGUCCCGCAGGUGUGAUGUUCGGAUGUACCAAUCCUGUGCAGGUGUUGUUACAUGUGGUCUGCCACUGCGAGGACGAUCAGCUGUCUGUCCUGUCUCCCUGUAGUGCUGUCUUAAGCGUCUCACAGUACGGACAUUGCAAUUUAUUGCUCUGGCCACAUCUGCAGUCCUCAUGCCUCCUUGCAGCAUGCCUAAGGCACGUUCACACAGAUGAGCAGGGACCCUGGGCAUCUUUCUUUUGGUGUUUUUCAAAGUCAGUAGAAAGGCCUCUUUAGUGUCCUAAGUUUUCAUAACUGUGACCUUAAUUGCCAUCUGUAAGCUGUUAGUGUCUUAACGACCGUUCCACAGGUGCAUGUUCAUUAAUUGUUUAUGGUUCAUUGAACAAGCAUGGGAAACAGUGUUUAAACCCUUUACAAUGAAGAUCUGUUGUUAUUUUGAUUUUUACUAAUUAUCUUUGAAAGACAGGGUCCUGAAAAAGGGACAUAUCUUUUUUUGCAGAGUUUAUAUAUAUACGUAUGUGUGUAUAUACAGUUGAAGUCGGAAGUUUACAUACACCUUAUCCAAAUACAUUGAAACUCAGUUUUUCACAAUUCCUGACAUUUAAUCCAAGUAAAGUUUCCCUGUCUUAGGUCAGUUAUGAUCACCACUUUAUUUUAAGAAAGUGAAAUGUCAGAAUAAUAGUAGAGAGAAUGAUUUAUUUCAUCACAUUCCCAGUGGGUCAGAAGUUUACAUACACUCAAUUAGUAUUUGGUAGCAUUGCCUUUAAAUUGUUUAACUUGGGUCAAACGUUUCGCGUAGCCUUCCACAAGUUUCCCACAAUAAGUUGGGUGAAUUUUGGCCCAUUCCUCCUGACAGAGCUGGUGUAAGUGAGUCAGGUUUGUAGGCCUCCUUGCUCGCACACACUUUUUCAGUUCUGCCCACAAACUGGAAUUGUGAUACAGUGAAUUAUAAGUGAAAUAAUCUGUCUGUAAACAAUUGUUGGAAAAAUUACUUGUCAUGCACAAAGUAGAUGUCCUAACCGACUUGCCAAAACUAUAGUUUGUUAACAAGACAUUUGUGGAGUGGUUGAAAAACAAGUUUUAAUGACUCCAACCUAAUUGUAUGUAAACUUCCGACUUCAACUGUAACUCUGGGUCUUCCAUUCCUGUGGCGGUCCUCAUGAGAGCCAGUUUCAUCAUAGCGCUUGAUGGUUUUUGCGACUGCACUUGAAGAAACUUUAAAAGUUCUUGAAAUGUUCCGUAUUGACUUACCUUCAUGUCUUAAAGUAAUGAUGGACUGUCGUUUCUCUUUGCUUAUUUGAGCUGUUCUUGCCAUAAUAUGGACUUGGUCUUUUACCAAAUAGGGCUAUCGUCUGUAUUACACCCCACCUUGUCACAACAGAACUGACUGACUAAAAAGCAUUAAGAAGGAAAUAAAUUCCACAAAUUAACUUUUAAGAAGGCACACCUGAUAAUUGAAAUGCAUUCCAGUUGACUACCUCAUGAAGCUGGUUGAGAGAAUGCCAAGCGUGUGCGAAGCUGUCAUCAAGGCAAAGGGUGGCUACUUUGAAGAAUCUAAAAUAUAUAUGGAUUUGUUUAACACUUUUUUUGGUUACUACAUGAUUCCAUAUGUGUUAUUUCAUAGUUUUGAUGUCUUCACUAUUAUUCUACAAUGUAAAAAAAAAUUAAAAUUAAGAAAAACCCUUGAGUAGGUAGGUGUGUCCAAACCUUUGACUGGUAGUGUAUAUAUAUAUAUAUAUAUACUCUUUCCAGGUGUAUUGUCAGAUAACUAGCUAGUGUAAUUUAAUUCCUGUCGACUGUCUGCUGUAAGCUAAGUCCUCUCCUGUUCCCAGACCUGCAGCUGUACCACAGUGAGACCCUGGAGCUGAUGCUGCAGCGCUGGUCCAAGCUGGAAAGGGACUUCCGGAAUAAGAGCGGCCGCUACGACAUCAGUAAGAUCCCAGACAUCUACGACUGUGUGAAGUAUGACACACAGCACAACGCCACACUGGGCCUGGAGGACACAUUGGAGCUGUUCAGGCUGUCCCGUGCCCUGGCCGACAUCGUCAUACCUCAGGUGAGGGGAAGACACAUACACACACAUUCACGUUUACCUGCGCAAAUGGGGACUAUAGCAGUAGUCUAGACCUACCAAGUGGGGAGCAUGACUUCUGAACGUUUCUUUGGAUAGAGAAGCGUGAACACACACACCUUUUGAGCAUGCAUUUGUCUGUUUCUCUCUUCAGGAGUAUGGCAUCAAUAAGCCAGAAAAGAUGGACAUUGCCCAGGCCUACUGCCUUCCCUUGAUGAAGAAGAUCCAGCUAGACCUGCAGAGGACCCACGAGGACGAGGCCGUCAACAAGCUGCACCCACUGUGAGUUGCAGUGCCACUGAUCUAGGAUCAGUUGUUAUUAUAGGUACUCACCACUUGGGCUGCAGUCAGUCACACACUGUCUUUGUCCAUUAUCUGAGCCCGAGUUGUUAUUCGACCGUUAUAUAAUGGGUGUGUACCACUGUGAGUGUACCGCUGUCAUAGGACCAGACCUAGGUUCAAAUACAUGCCUAUUUAAAUAAUUUUUCGGUGUAUUUCAUAAUGGCUCCUAACCAAUUGUGCUAUUUUGUGUUUUUUUUUCGCGUUGUUUGUAACUUAUUUUGUACAUAAUGCCACCGUCUCUUAUGACCGAAUAGAUUUGAUAUUUGAGUAUUUUCAAAUAAUUUCCUAUAAUUUACUAUUUUAAACUAUUUUCAAAUACUUGUUUCCAAAUACAUUUCAAAUACCCCAAACAGACCUGGGUUCAAAUGCAUGGGAGUAAUACUUGUACUUGUAUUUCCAAAUACAUUCCAAUAUUCAACUACUUGUAUUUUCAAAUUAAAAUACUUACUUGAAAAUGUAUGUGAAAGUAAUUGAAAUACAAUAAAUAGUGUUUGAACCCAGGUUGGCCUAGGACCAGUUCUUAUAACACUGUUGAAAUGGCUGAGUAGUGAGCACCACUGUACCACUUUCCUAGGACCAGUUCUGGCUGUGUACCACUACCACUGAGUGAGCCACUGUCCCAGGUUCAGUUAUUUCCCAGUAAACCCUCCAUUGAGGUGUGUCUCUAGAGCCCCCGAAAGUGAUCACCCUUUGUCAUUCAUUCCCUCUGGUGGUUCAGGUACUCGCGGGGGGUCAUGUCUCCGGGGCGUCACGUCCGGACCCGCCUCUAUUUCACCAGCGAGAGCCACGUCCACUCGCUGCUCAGCAUCUUCCGCUACGGGGGACUACUGGAUGUACGUUGUCACUGCAGGGGGGUUGUUAAAGUAGCCUGGUCCCAAAUCUGGUCGGCAUGAUAAUAGUCACAAUGAUCAUAACUUAGGAGUUGGCAAGAUGGUACAAACAGAUCUGGGACCAGGUUAGUUGUUGUAAAGGGAUAGUUCACUGAAUAUUGAAGACUUGGGUUCAAAAUCUUAAUAUUUUUUAGGUGUAGUUUUCUCUGGUUAAGUUUGUGUUUUGGUGUGUGUGUGUGACAGGAGGUUAAGGACCAGCAGUGGAAACAGGCCAUGGAUUACCUCAGUGCUGUCUCUGAACUCAACUACAUGACUCAGAUAGUCAUCAUGCUGUAUGAGGAUAACAACAAGGUCAGUUAGGCCUCUCUGUCCCUACAUCCGUCUUCCUUUCUUUCUGUAGUAUUACUACACCUGGUACUAUUACUGUACGUUCCUGUCUGUAUGUGUCUCUUCCUCUCACUCUCUGUAGUAUAACAUGAUUGCUCAUGUUUUUUGUGUGUGUUGAACAGGACCCCGGCUCAGAGGAGCGUUUCCACGUGGAGCUCCACUUCAGUCCCGGGGUGAAGAGCUGUGAGGACGAGGAGAACAUCCCUCUGGGCUUUGGCUUCCGCCCAGCCUCCGCUGAGGUCAGUGUGUGUGUGUGUGUGUGUGUGUGUGUGUGUGUGUCCACAGCCCCCCUCAUCGGUCUCUUUAAUCCAAUCCAGAACCAGGAGAAGCAGACCAACCAAGGCAGUCUGGAGGACCUGUCACAGGACGAGCCUGACCGGGCCCUGCCUCUCUCUGAGUUAAUCAGCAUCAGAAGAUCACCCAUGAUCCGCAACCGCAAGACUAGCUCCAUGGAGGUACUUGAUCAGGGAUAUAUCAGUUAUUGUGUCCCCUCUCCCAAAUGUCAUGUAUUCCAUGUUAGGGUGGUGUUCAUUAGUGCACGCAACAGAAAACCCUUUUCAAUGGAAAAUAAAAAAUGUGUGUUUCUUAUUGGAUACGUCCAGGUAGUCCCUACCUGUUUGAGUUAAGAAUAAUAAUAAUAAUAAACACAACCCAAGCACAGCAUUUAUCUGUUCAAUUAUUGAAUCACUAGGAUAGUCCUGUUUGAAUCCAAACCCACAUAGAAAGACUGUGACACAGUCUCCCUGUCCCCACCCAGGUCCUCUCCGAGACCUCGCCCACCUCCCCUGGCUACUCCUCCAAGGGCGCCUCCUACCGCCUCUUCCCCUCCUGCUCGCGCCAGUCCCCUGAGAUCAAACAGACUGGCCUAGGUGGGUAUCUGGUUUCUGCCAACCACUGCUGCCACUGUCAUAUUUCUGCAACCCUGUCAUCAGCACUCACUAAUCUCUCUGGGUCCUGUGAGUGACCUCUCCUCUGUCUCGCUCGCUCUCUUGUUCUGUCACUCUCGUUCUCUCUCUUUCUCUCUCCCUCUCGUUCUGUCUGUUUUGCCUCACUCUUUGUCUGUCUCUCUCUCACGCUCUCCCUCUCACUCCCUUUCUUCCUCACUCUUUCUAAUGGCUGCAUAGCUGCCAUGACUCCAUAGUGGGAGGUAGGUCCAGCUGCCAAAGCUCCCAGGUCUAGACUAUGUAGGCCACAGGUCAAUGGAGAGUCAGAGCGGAGAGAAUACAUCUUAGGCUACGUCCCAAAUGACCCCCUAUUCCCUUUAUAGCGCAGUACUUUUGACCAGAGCCCUAUGGGCUAUUUGGGACGUAGCCUAAGAGCCCCACCACCAAGGACCUCUCCUGCCAAUAGGGCUCUAUAUAUGGGGGUCUGAGUGCCGCAGAGCCCCCACCGGAUGAUAUUCCUGUCUGUCUCCAUUCACAUUCAUCUGUCAAGAGAAGCAAGGAAACCUCCACAAGGUGAUACAAUAGAACCGCAGAUACAAUCAGUCUCCUGUGCGUGGAUUUGGAGGUGCUUGUGACCCCCGGCAACUUUCUAACACGGUGAUAUUCACUUACUAAGCCUUUAUAAAACAAAUAAAAGGGUGCAAUGGAUGCACCAAAAAAACAAUGAGUGGAAAAAACAUGUUGACAUGAACUUGGGCUGAGGUUGGUUUGAUUUGUGCAUGAGUAUGUGCAUGUGUUUUCCACUGCUUGUCCAUACUCUUACUGUAUGCACCAAGCUUGUCAAACUGUUUUGAAAUGACCAUUCAAACGUUGUCGCUGUCCCUGCAUCCCACCAAACCACCCAUUCCAGCACAGCUCACUUUAGACCAGAAUAGUAUGGCUGGAAAAAUAAAGGCCCAUUCUUAUUCUGCUGUGACUAUUUCUAUGCCAACUGCUGUAGGAAUUUAACUGCUGUAUACACUGCACUCUUCCCCCCCCCAAAAAAAAUAAGGAUUGUCAGGAACAGAUUAUUUUCUAACAGGUGGUUAUAGAAAAACAGAAAACCUAUGUUCAUUGUGACAAUAUCAAUGUUUCUGUCCCCACAGUCCUUGACCACUUUGUUAUAUUUGGUUCUCAUGAUUCUUGUAAGUUCAGUGCACUGUAUUCACACUAAAAAGCCCCCUUAUUUCUUAAAUCCAUGUCAUCCUUUGUCUAUGGUCCCACCAGUUGUUGAGAUAAGUGUAAACCCUCUAGUCAGUCUCCAGGAGAUCUUAGAGAGAGGCUUUAUCUAAUUUUCUCUUAGGAGGGGUUAGGGGCCAGUGUUAGGAGUGACCUCCGUUUGUUUGCUGCGCUCUCUUCAUAAACACACACAGGUACAGACACAGGCACACUCACACACCCCUUAGCAACAGUGAACUGCUCUUAUUAAGAACCGCAUGGUGUGCAAUGAGUACUAACCUCCCCCCUCCCUGCCCCCCGUCCCCCUCCUCUCUCCCACCCCGUGGUUCUUCCACAACAGGGUCCCUGUGCUCGGGCCUCUUCAGUGCCUCUGUCCUGGGGGUGUCCUCUAGCGCCCCCAACCUGCGGGACUACGUCCGCACCCACCACCGCAGACCCCCCCUGUCCCCCGGUUUGCCUUUUCGAGAUGGUACGUCCUUCCUCUAUCCAUCUCUAUCUUUAUCAACCUCUAUCAAACGCCUAUCUUUUCACAUGGCCGCUGAAAAUGCCAUACAUAGUGCCGUAAAAAACCUUCAAAAUGUAAAAUGUCCGCCAUAUCUGACAUUUUAGAUCCUGCUCAAACACUCUUAUCUCUCCUUCCCAACCUUAGUGGAGAAUAAGUUAUUAUUUGAUCACACAAAUUAUCGGAGAGCCCUCCUUUCCCCCUUUCUUUCCUUCUGCCUCUAGAACAAUCCUCUGCUUGAGUGAUUCCCCCCAAUAGCAUGAGCAGUGACCACAAUUGUGAUUAUAUGCUAAGAAUGUUUGUAUUAUACAUUGUAUACUGAGCAUUAAUGAUAUUGGUAUUGGAUUGCGCACAAUCAAAUGCAUUACCCAUGACCAAUAAUUUAUCCUAAUCAAAGCAACAUGGCCUUCCUUUGAUUACAUGACAACCUGUGUGUGAUUAGGUUGCUAAGUAAAUCUUGUCUAUACAAUUGUAUAUAUUCUGUAUCGGUGUGUGCAUGUCAUAUGGUAAUCUCUCAUGACAUAUCAAGGGGGUAAAGGAUUUGUUAAUCAACAGGGAAUUUUCUAUAUUAAUCCCUUAAUUUGGGGAAACCAAGGCUUGUAAAUGGAUCAAAUUUGUUUUGAGAUCCGUUAAUCCAGCAUUGCAUAAUUCCCACUUCCAUACCACAAUUUCCUGACUCACUAUAGAGUGAAAUGGUGAGUUGACUAUAUAGCCACCAGGGGGCCUCAUAUAAACAUAAAGCUCUGAUUAUCCCAAAUGUUUUCAUCAGGGCAUGUUGCUAGGAAUGUUGGAGCACAACGAUUGGCUUAAUUUGAUCCAAAGGCUGCCACCUACCUCUUGUUAUCGAGUCAGAUCAGCUAGCAUCCUGAUAGUAACUGCACAGUAUGUGACUAAAAUGUAAAUAUGAAGAACAUAUGACCUGCCACCUGCAUGUGAAGAGGAAAGAUUGUUCCACUGCGGGUUGAAUGACGUGCCCAUUUUGUCCACUGGGCGUCACUGUGUACUUUGUUUUCACCGUACGCUUGAUGUUAGGUAUACUUUAGGAAAUGGUCGCUUUAAUAUUAUGCUUUAAGAUGCUACAUCUUUUGCUUGUAUGAGGCUAGAGAUGUGUAGGGUUUAGAAUAACACCAAAGGUUUUUUCUGGCGGUGUGUGUAUAGAUAGAUAGAUUGCAAAAACACACAAACGAGACAAACCCCCCCCCAUCUAUCUCUCACAAUGCUGGCCAAAGGCACUGGUACAUGACAAAGACAAAUGAGCAAUGAUUGUGUUUACAGUCACACCUCUCAAAUCCAGAUGGUUACAGGAUUGUAAUAUAGGUUGUUGGUGUUAAAUCUGUUGCCAUCACCGUAUGUUUCCUUUCCAGAUCAUUUUGGCAUAGCAUAUUCUUUAGAGAGAAUAGACUGAACAUUUUAGCCUAUUGGGGACUUCCUCAAAUGCCCACUUCACCAGUGCCAAAUGUCAGUCCUCUGUCUCCAUUCAAAACAACCACAACUGAGUUAUCAUUAACAUUUUCACCCCAUCCACAUUCUCCAUUGUUCCUUCAUUACCCCUUCUUCCAUGCUGCCUUCCCAUGCUGCAUAUCACUCACCACAAACAGAGACCCAGACGCACAUACAUAGCUGCAACAUUAUAGAGAUGCCCUACUUGAGUUUACAGACACAUGGGGGUCAGGAAAACACACACGUAGGUACGUUUGCACUGCGACACUAGGUACAGGCAUGUGCACAGGUAGCCUGUAGCCCCAGUAACGCCACUUAACCUUCUUAUUUCCUCAGAGCUGUUCUCUAUGCCGGCAGUAAAGAGAUUUUCUGUGUCGUUUGCCAGGCAUCCGACUAAUGGUAUGUCUGCCUUUUUCAAGUAUACCUCGCCACUCCUCAGUUUCCCUUCAUCUUGCAUGUCUUUUGGGGGAAACUAUUUGGGUUUGACAUUGUCUGUGUAAUUACAUCAUUAUAUCAAGAUAUCAAUUUCUCUGAGUUUCUACUUCACAAGACGUCCUGUCUCCAUCUGUUUGGUUUUAACGUGAAUUCUUAACAUCUGUGUUUACUGGCCUCUACACUGCAUUUAUCAGUUAAUAUGUCUCUCUGACCCGCCAUUUUCCUACAGGAUGGAUAUACACUGAGUGUACAAAACAUUAGGAACUCCUUCAUAAUAUUGAGUUGCACCCCCUUUUGCCCUCAGAACAGCCUCAAUUUGUCGGGGCAUGGACUCUACAAGGUGUCAAGUGUUCCACAGGGAUGCUGGCCCAUGUUGACUCCAAUGCUUCCCACAGUCAUUUCAAGUUUUCUGGAUGUCCUUUGGGUGGUGGACCAUUCUUUAUACACACGGGAAACUGUUGAUCGUGAAAAUCCCAGCAGCGUUGCAGUCCUUGACACAAACCGGUGCGCCUGGCACCUACUACCAUUCCCCAUUUUAAAGGCACUUAAAUCUUUUGUCUUGCCCUUUCACCCUCUGAAUGGCACACAUACACAAUCCAUGUCUCAAUGCUUAAAAAUCAUUAGUUAACCUGUCUCUUCCCCUUCAUCUACACUGAUUGAAGUGGAUUUAACAAGUGACAUCAAUCAGGGAUCAUAGCUUUCACCUGGAUUCACCUGGUCAGUCUGUGUCAUGGAAAGAGCAUGUUUCGUACACUCAGUGUUUGUGUAUGGAAUAUAUCCCUUCCGAUAUAUCACCAUGUGUUGCUGUGUCUCCAUACCAUCACUUAUCCUCACAUGCUCCUUUUGUUCAUUCAAACCCAUUCUCUGGAGAGAUGGUUAGCCCCUCCACCAUUCCAGUCUACUUUUUGAUUAGGAUAACCCAUGUGUUUAAAGCUAAGUAAUAGUCUUUCAAAAGCAACCUUUUACUUAUGAAAUGACUGUCAAAUCUCUUGUUUGACUAUUGAUAAGAGACCUUUCAGUUUGACCCAAUGAAAACUGAGUUCAUGCUAAGCCUACUGAUUUAAUAGCAUCAAACGAUGGGUAAUGGAGGAAAGGGUUAACAUUAAAUCUGUCCCAUCACUCACACUCAUAACCAUGUCAGUGAAUCUAUUAAUUUCAUUUUAAUUAAUGGUUGGCGUUCAAACGUGGCUGAACCAAUUGGUGAUUGACAGAAAGGGCAUUCACAUUACAACGUGCAAGGAAGAGAUAUUGCCGUAUAUGUGUUGCUUUGUGUCCAUAUCCCAUAAUCACCGGAAACUUCUGUUAUCAAGAAUGCCCAUCGAGGGGGAAAUUGACAGUUCGUUUCUCCCAUCUGUUUUUCUGGUCUCAAGCGAGUCUUGUUGCUAUGUACUUUGCUAUGCGCCAUGAAAGAUAUUGGUCAUUGGCAUGGCCUAGGUGUCCAGGCAGCAGUGUACCAUCCAGCGGUUGGAUGGGUUCGUCAUGCAUGGACGAACCCUCUGAUAGCAGUCAGAUUGGCCCGACGUAUUGGAGCUGAGCUGCUAUGAUAAGAAAAUAACAGUGGUGAGCAUUUUUGCAUGACAUUGUUCGAUAUGAAUACAUGUUUUGUGACUUUUUCUGUAGCUUGGAUUAUGGAGAGACCCAUUCAAACUGCCGACUCUGGGCCUUGCUCUCGCUCAGUUAAACAGAUUGAGGGAGUUUCCGAAUAGCAGUAUUGUAUGUCAUCCAAGUGCCUGGAUCAUCUGACUACGAGGAGCAGAUGGACUAUGCAAAGGCCUCUGUAAUUGAGAGAUUCCAUACAUCGUUUCUGCGUCUGUGUUGACAGAGAUUUGGAUUGACUUCUGCUGGUACUCACUGUGAUGGCUACGGUGAUCAGUGGUUUUAUAUUAGGCCCUAAACAGUGCAGCCCAUGCAGUAUGUAGAAAGGUGGGCUGGAUACAGUAAGGUCUGGACCUGCAUCACGUUAGAAGUAUAAAUAAAGCUAUAUGAACUGGCAGUACUUACCGAGAGGUGGGGUGGACAAAUGGCUUUUCUGUGUCUCCUUGGUCUGAUGCCAAUUCUUUCAGAACACCCUCAAAAUGGGACGUAUGUUUUUGAACCGGGCGCUAACAGGAAUUGUCAGUUACUGAUGCACAGUAACUCUUCUAUUCAUACGACCUACAGUACUCAACAGACCUCAUUCACGUAACCAACCCUCUCCAUCUGCCCAUUAACACCUGUUGCCUUUGUUCGGACCUCUAUCCAGACGGUGUUUGCCAUUUGAAGUUAGACAUCCACAGUCAAGGUGUCACAUACAAUACUGUGUUGGCAUAAAUGAUGCAUUAGAUCAAAGGAAAUGUUUGAGAUUGACAUUGUGCUAAUCUUUGUCUAAGGUAGAUAUCUUUACGUCUGUUCAAUUGUUUACAGUAUUUCUGAGGUGAUAUAGGUACUACUCAUAGGUCUUUACAUGUGUUCCCGUUGUCUGGUAUCCUGGUUGACCUUUCUAUGAUCUCCAUUCCCCUUGAGAUAAAAUGCUGUUUUUAGUCUAAAUGAAAACAUUGAUGCCUUGUUUGUAGUUGCAGUUCAGUGUCUGUAUAGAAAACAUUGCCCUUUGAUCUUCUACACUCCUAAGACAGAUAAGCCUUGUGACUAAUGGUGAUCAUGGAGAGGAAAGGGGCAUUAUGACUGACAUGCCUGGAAACGUUUCUACCAGUUUAGAAUUCCAAUGUGCAUUACCCCAUGAAUAUCAGAUGGUGAGAACUGUAGCUCUGGACAGUUUUUUUUUGUUUUCUUUCCAUAUGUCAGUUGAGUGGAUGAGAGCCUGGGACCUGUAGCGUUGUUUCUUUUGAAUGGAAAGUAGUCUCUGCCCCUUUAGCAUUAUGCAAAUGCUGGCCCACCUACAGCCUUUUGCUCCUCUUCUACUCCUCUUCCACUGUGCUCUCUUCCUCGCUCUGCCUCUUCUUCCUCAGAGCCCCUAGACGAGCAUCAUGUAUCCCAGCUGCUGAAGGGGCUCUUCACUGACCCGGUCCUCCUGUGUUGUCCCUCUCUGGCCUCUCUGGACAGGGCCAUGGCCCACCACCUGCACCAGUGCCCCUACCACCUGCGCCUCCUCAUGAACUGUCUGGUUUCCGGCCAAGACCUCCCCGAGUGCCUCUACGGUCAGCCCUCUGUAGACCUCCCACGUCCUCUCCUCCCCUCCACCCCUUCAUGCGGUGCUGGGGUGCUGCCAAUGCGG